GAAAAUGAACCGGACGAGGGCAACCAGGAAGCAGAGGCGGGGGAGGAGGACGAGGUUCAGCCAAGGAACCGGACAGAGUUUUACAGUCUUUUCAAGAACAAAGGUCCAACAAAGAGUGUCGCUGGCUUCAUGGCUGAUAGAUCUGUGAAGCAUGCUGCCCACAUUUUGUGCGACGUGACGUACCCAUUGGAGAACUUCUACUAUGAGACCCUGGAAAUGAUCAGUAAAGGGUGGAUGUCGCAGCAAACAUGGGAAAGCCGCCGUUCAGUGGGA